UUUUGGUUGUAUUACAAGCAAUUGAAGGGUGGAACAUGACUUUGUGAACUGGAGAUGAGAUCAGGAGUUGUAAAGGCGUCGCGUCAGAGUCAAGGUCAGCAUCGGAACGAGCGAAAAUCUACACAGCCACCUCAUCUCAUCUUUCGUCAACACGUCCUAGCGAGCUCAGACAGUCUUUGUCCAUAGGCUACCAUGCCCAAAUCCAAAGCUUCGAAGUCGUCAAAGUCUCAGUCGAAUCCUAAAAAGCGCCAAAAGCUCGCGUCUGAUGCUAAGCAAUCAAACACCAAGCCUCGACCGCUAGGGAUGGACCUAACGAACGACGCUGCUAAAGAUGACGAGGAACGAAGACUCGAAAGCAUGCUCUUCGGGGUACCUUAUACGGCUUCGGGGGGUCCUACCAUGGAGAUCACAGUCGAUGAAGACGACGAGGAGGAGAUGGAAGAUACGCCGGACGUACAGGGCGGGAGAGAGCUCGAAAACAUGCUGGACUCAGAUCUCUUCUUUUUGGACGACUCCGCGCCGUCUUCGAGUCGUCCCCCUGUCUUUGAUGAUGCUGAAGAGCUGGCAGCCGACGAUGAAACGAUGGACGCUGAAGAUGCGCCCUCACAACCCACUCCCUUCCUUUCAGCUUCCCGGAAGGGCAAAAAAGCUGCUGCGUGGGCAGAUCCUGAUGAUACGAACGUCGAGGUAUCCCUUGCGUCCAAGAACCGCCUUCGAAAACUCCGCGACGCGCCUUCGGAGGAUGUAGUUGGCGGGCGGGAGUACGAGCGCCGCCUACGACGACAGUUCGAGCGGAUCAACCCUACCCCGGAAUGGGCGUCAAACGCACGUCGGAAACUGCAAGGGAAAAGGCGUCGGGGAUCGCAGUCGGGAUCGGAGGACGAAGAAGACAUGCUGCCGGACCUGCUGGCGUCGACAGGUGCGAUAGGACGUACCAAUAUCAAGACCCUGUCCCCCGGCACAUUGGCAGUAGAACGGCUACGUGAUGCUAAUGAUGCGGCGCGUGCGGAGGGCGAGAUCAAGUCGCUGCAGUUCCAUCCCUCGCCUGAGGUCCCCGUUCUCAUGGUCGCGAGCGCGGAUAGACGACUGCGGCUCUUCCAUGUUGAUGGAGCGACGAACCCCCUCGCUCAGACCCUCCACAUUCCUUCUCUCCCCCUCACCAGUGCCGUCUUCCACCCCUCUGGCAGCUCCAUCCUCAUGACUGGCCCGCGACCCUUCUACUACACAUACGACCUCCAGACAGGCACAUCCCACCGCUCGCCCCGCGGCCUCUGGGGAACAACCUUCACCUCCUCAACCGCCAAUGCGCAAGAUAUGAGCAUGGACACCUCCGCGUUCAACCCCACCGGCGACAUCCUCGCCGUCGCAGGCCGCCGCGGCGCCGUGCACCUCGUCGACUGGCGCUCGGGCUCCGCCCAGGUCGUCGGCAGCCUCAAAGCCAACUCCGCCAUCAAGUCCCUCUGGUGGGCCCGCGGACCCGCCGCCGCCGGGCGCGGCGAGCUCAUGGCGCUCGGCGAGGACUCGAGCGUGUACGUGUGGGACGUCGGCCAGCGACGGUGCGUCAAGCGGUGGACGGACGAGGGCGGGUUCGGCAGCAGGCUGAUGAGGGGUGACCGCCGCGGGCGUUACCUCACGGUCGGGUCGAACACGGGCCUUGUGAACGUGUACGCGAUGGACGACGUGCUGCUCUCCGGCGACGCGAAGCCGAAGCCGCUCAAGACGCUUGGAAACCUCACGACGAACAUCUCGACGCUGCACUUCAACAGCGACGCUCAGCUGCUCGCGAUGGCGAGCAGCACAAAAAAGGACCAGCUUCGGAUGGUCCACCUCCCGUCUUUGACGGCGUUUGGAAACUGGCCGACGUCCAGUACGCCACUUGGUCACGUCACCGCAGUCGACUUCUCCAUCGAGAACGAGUACAUGGCGGUAGGGAAUAACCGCGGCCGAGUCUUACUUUACCAACUUAGGGAUUACUCGCAAAUAUAGCUUAUCGCGCUGAUCAAUGGAACUUCG